UCAAAUGUUUCCAUCAGCUUUUGCUUCAACACAUAUCUCCUACAACAAAAACAAAAAAAACCUCUUAUAAGUCCCAUCAUUUCAUGCAUCCAACUUCUCCAUCAAAUUUCACAAAUCAUCAAGUUUCUAAAUCCCACAAAGAAGACGAUUGUCUUCUUCCAUAUCCCAAGAUUUUGCUCGUUUUUCAGGGUAAUUUGCUCGUUGAUGACAUUCCAUGCGUAAGUAGGUUCACAUAAUUUCAAGGGUAUUACAUACCGUUUUGAGUUGAUUAAAGCAAGAAACUCAAACAGUCACGUCAACAGAAAGAGUUAAGCUACUAAGCUAAGCUGCUGUUGUGGAGCGUCUUUCUAGGCUUUAGAAUAGCUCCCCCUUUUCUUUUCAAAAUGGAUUGUGCGUUCAACUGGGAAUACAAGACACUCAUCAAUGAGCUGACUCAAGGGAUUGAACAUACAAAGCAGCUUAGAGAACACUUCCACUCUGCAGCUUCAACUUAUGAAAAUCAAGAAUUGCUUCUUCAGAAGAUUUCUUCUUAUGAGCAAUCUCUGAUGAUUCUCAAAUACAGUGGCUCACCAGUCCAAUCCCCGCUGGCUCUUCCACCAUCAUCUGGUGUAAUCGAGUCUUCGGUAUCGGUUGAUGGAAGUCCUAGGAGUGAUCACAAGAAAAGGAGUUUCCAAGAUCAUCAGAGCUCAUUGAUAUUUCAAAGAAAAAGAAAAUCACAGCCCACAUGGACUGAACAAGUCAAAGUCAGCGCGGAGACCGGAUUUGAAGGUCCGACUGAUGAUGGAUAUAGCUGGAGAAAGUAUGGACAGAAGGAUAUUCUUGGAGCUAAAUAUCCUAGAAGCUACUACAGAUGCACAUAUCGUCACACGCAAAAUUGUUGGGCAACAAAACAAGUGCAGAGGUCAGAUGAUGAUCCUACUGUAUUUGAAAUCACAUACAGAGGCACCCAUAAUUGUCAUCAAGCUACUUAUUCCGCACUACAAUCAACAUCGCCAGCAGAGACAAUAGAAUACAGCAAACAAGCCAAUUACCAAACAGGGCAAUGUUCAAAUCAAGUGCUAAUGAACUUGAAAGCAAACCUGAGAGUCGAUACUGAUGACGUGGACACCAACGAGACAGCGUGUCCUUUCUCUUUUCCUUCAACAUUCUCUGGUUUGACAGUUGGCGGCUAUUCACCAUCUUUUGUCUCUCCUACAACCCCGGAAUCAAACUACUAUGGUUUUGGGAUGGUUCAUAACUUGCACCACUCAGAAUCAGACCUCACUGAUAUAUUUUCAGCCAAUACUUCCACAACAAGUUCUCCAAUUGUGGGCGAGCUUCCACUCGACCAUUUCGAGCUAGAUCCAAACUUCCCCUUCAAUAAUCCCAAUCUUUUCUCAUGAACCCAAGCUAAGACUCUUGAAAAGGACAAUAAAGAUGAGUAGUUCAGAUAUUAUCACCAAGUUACUUUAUUGAGGUUGAUAAUCCCUCCUUUACAAAUUCGUAUAGAUAUAGAUAUGAUUGUAAAAAUUUACAACAAACUAGUCUCAGAUUAGAAACUAGCUAUUGUAUUUGUAUCAAUAGUCUACUGUGUUUCAAGGUCAUUCGACAUCAAGUUGCUGAGUGAAAUUCAAGCAUAUUUUUGCAAAA